CGAGCUUGACGAGUUGAACUACUGUCACGUUCACUGCAACAAAGCAUUAACGGUGGCAUCAUGGGCGUCUCCUGCAGCUUGACCGCGUGGGCGUCAACAUCACUUGCAAGAGUCCUUCCACCGCAGGGCCUUAUAGCGGUGACAACCCUCAUGUGCCCAUUGCACGUAUUCAAAGGGCUAUUAUCCAAACACAUUUUCUACAACACAUCCCCUUCGACGUAACCUAUAAUUCGAUGGCACUCAAUGCAGCAUCAAUAUCCGGGUCACAUCCUCCUCGAAUGGAUGUGGAUAUAGAUGAUGAAGAUGAGGUAGAUCAGCUGGACUCCGACCUGGAUGGAGAGGACGAACUCGAUGAAGAGGGACGUGCAUCUUCGAGCAAGUCACGUCCUCGUCGAACUGGAGAACGCACGCCUGGGCACACGCUCAUUCCCGCCACACGGAUUGAGAACAUCCUGCACGCAGACGGAGCAGGAGCUCACAUGUCAAAAGAAGCUCUAUUCAUGUUGUCCGUGGCCGCUGAAGAGUUUGUCAAGCGUCUUGCACAAGCCGGUCAGCACAUAGCUGAGACACAGAACCAUUCUGUUGUCAGCUAUCGUGAUGUCGCAUAUGCCGCACAAGCACGUCAGGACUUCCAAUUUAUACGAGAUAUGAUACCCCCUCCUAUCCCGCUCACAUAUGCAUUGCAACUCAAGGCGGCGAGAGAGAAAGCAUUGGCAGAAGAAGAUCCAGCCAUAGCACCUCCGAUACCUCAAGAGGCUAUCCCUAUCCCUACUACCCCUCAAACCCCUCCUGAGGAACCUAGAUUCAGGUUAAGAACAAAUCACGCGAAUAGCAGGGAAAGACUCAACAGCACUUCCAAUGCGAGUGCGAGUGCGAGCAGGCGGCACAGAGACAGCAGAGGGAGAUGGACCCAUAGUAGUGGGCGGACUGACGAAGGAGGAUCAAGCGCAGUGAGUAGCGCGGUCAGUACGCCUCCUGCUGCAACUGCCAGUGCCGGUGGAAACUCCAGACCGAGCAGCGCACGCAUCAGGAACAGGACCUCGAGGGCUUCAGAGGGGCGACCGCUAUCCGUACCAGGCAACGGUGCUCAUUUACUCAAUGGUGCGAGUGCUCCGAUGCAUGUGGGAAUGCCGCCCCCCGCUCUUCCUUCGGGCUACCAUGUUCCGCCAAGCGUGCGCGCAGAGGAUGCAUGGCCGCCACCAGGACAUUACACGGGACCUGCCAGUGGGUACCUCGACGAGCCGCGCAUGAUGUUCAAUGCGCCUAGCAGAGGCAACGGGAUGACGGAUGCUCCGGGGCGGACAAUAUACUCACACCAGCGUCCUCCACAAAUGAAUAGGUAGUUUACCUUCCAUCCCAUGCGGUCUUCCUUGCGGGUCCACAUUCUUGUCAAUUCAGUUCUGCUCUGCAUGUCGGUCUCUGGCUUUCGAAGUAUCGUGGCGCUCGUUUGUAUUGCUUGUAGCAUCAAUUUAUCCGAUCUAUAAUGCGUUCGUUGCAAA